AUGCCGUUCGGAAACACGCACAACAAGCUGAAGAUGAACUACUCGGCCGAGCAGGAGUUCCCGGACCUGAGCCAGCACAACAACCACAUGGCCAAGGUCCUGACGCCCGAAAUGUACGCCCAACUGCGGGACAAGGAGACGCCCAGCGGCUUCACCUUGGACGACGUCAUCCAGACCGGCGUGGACAAUCCAGGUCAUCCCUUCAUCAUGACGGUGGGAUGCGUGGCGGGAGACGAGGAGACCUACGAGGUCUUCCGGGACCUGAUGGACCCCAUCAUCGAAGACCGCCACGGGGGCUACAAACCGGAUGACAAGCACAAAACCGACCUGGACCCGGAGAAUUUGCAGGGCGGAGACGAUCUGGAUCCCAACUACGUUCUGAGCUCUCGGGUCCGGACCGGCCGGAGCAUCCGCGGCUUCUGCUUGCCGCCUCACUGCAGCCGCGGAGAACGCCGCGCCAUCGAGGACCUCUCCAUCCAAAGUUUGGACGCCCUGGAAGGAGAUCUGAAAGGUCGCUACUACGCCCUGAAGAACAUGACAGAGGAGGAACAGCAGCAGCUGAUCGACGACCACUUCCUGUUCGACAAGCCCGUCUCGCCGCUGCUGCUGGCGUCCGGCAUGGCUCGCGAUUGGCCCGACGGUCGAGGGAUCUGGCACAACGACAACAAGACCUUCUUAGUCUGGGUCAAUGAGGAAGACCACCUGCGCGUCAUCAGCAUGCAGAAAGGCGGCAACAUGAGGGAGGUCUUCAACCGAUUCUGCACUGGACUCACCAAGAUCGAGUCCCUGUUUAAGGAGCGGGGACAUGAGUUUAUGUGGAACGAGCACCUGGGCUACGUCCUCACCUGCCCCUCCAACCUGGGGACCGGCCUGCGCGCCGGCGUCCACGUCAAACUUCCCAACCUCAGCAAGCACGAGCUCUUUGGGGAAGUCCUCAAACGUCUCAGGCUGCAGAAGAGAGGCACAGGGGGCGUGGACACAGCCGCGGUUGGCGGCGUCUUCGACAUCUCCAACGCCGACCGCCUAGGCUUCUCCGAAGUGGAGCUGGUCCAGAUGGUGGUCGACGGCGUCAACCUUCUGGUGGACAUGGAGAAGCGCCUGGAGUCCGGCGACGCCAUCGACGACCUGAUGCCCGAGCAGAAGUGA